GCUUUUGGGGUACACCUCAUAUCUAAAUCAUAACAGUUUUGACAUUAAAAAUCCAGAGUUCUAGCUUCUCUUGGAAAAAUUGGAAAGUGUAGGAACACCCUGGGUCUAUAUUCCCCCUGGGCCUAUCCAGUUCCCUUCACCCAUUCACUCAUUUGUGUUGCCAGGUCUCUGCAGCCAGUUAAACUCAUACCCACUGAUUCUGAUUUCCCUGCUAUGUCUUGUUCUACCUGCAUCACACUAUUGAGCAAACCUGGGACAACUACUGAAUAGGACCAGACUGUAAGCUGCAACCUGGAUGGGCAGCUGCAGGAGCUUCCUGACUUGUUUGAAGUGACACGGCUGAUAAGUGGCAGGAAUGGAAGUAGAACCCCAGUCUACCUGCUUCUACCUUCAUGGUCUUCUCUCCAUACCAUAUCCUCAGGAAUUUGGAUGACUAGCAGACAUAGGCAGCCAUGUGAUGUGGUUAAGAAAAGAGAGAACAGAUGUGGGCCUGGGUCCGAGCUCUGCUAUCUGGUGCCAGGAUCUGUGAGAAGAUGACACAUCUAUUGGUUACUUGCUAGUUAUGUAAUCUUACAUGAAUCUUUUUUGUAGAGACAGAGUUUUCCUGUAUGUUAUUGAGGAUAUAGUGGAAUCCUACUGUAUCAGAGAAUUACAUUCUGAAAUCUUCACAGAAGGUGAAAAUCACAUUUUGCCUUGAAUGACAGCUUGAAAAUCCUUUGCCUUGGGGAAUAGUCCUUCACUCAGGAGACCUUUGAAGGAUAUACUCCAGAUUCAGGAAGUCAUUGGACAAGGGCAGCCCAUUUGACGUGAGGCAUCCUGGCCAGAAGAUGGCUGUGGCCCUGGAAUCUGAGGCCCAGGCCUGUCCCAGUCCAGAGCCUGAAGACCUCCUUAUUGUGAAACUGGAGGAGGACACAUGGGGAUCAGAAUCCAAGCAUCGGGAGAAGGACCAUGACCUUGGCCCUGAGGCCUCCCGCCAGCGCUUCAGGCAGUUCCAAUAUAGCGAUGCAGCUGGACCCCAUGAGGCCUUCAGCCAGCUGUGGGCUCUCUGCUGUCAUUGGCUGAGGCCAGAGGUCCGCCUCAAAGAGCAAAUCCUGGAGCUGCUGGUGCUAGAGCAGUUCCUGACUAUCUUACCCAUUGAGGUGCAGACCUGGGUGCAGGCACGCCAUCCUCAGAAUGGGGAGGAGGCCGUGGCCCUGGUGGAGGAUUGGCACCGAGAGGCCCGGGCUGCAGGACAGCAGGAACUGGAGUUUUGUGCAGAAGAGACCAGGUCCUCAAAGGCAGUUCAAGAAUCUCAGAGCCUCAAACUACAGCCAGCAGAUCCCUGGCCUGAGGGACAGGCCCAGAAGCAGUGUAUGAAGAACACUUGCCCAGACCUUUCCAAGUAUCUAAGUGCCAAGAUGGCACCACGGCCCUUGAAAGAGAAUGCUGUCCUUACUCCUCGAGUCCCUACUGUCCCAAAGAUGGGGAGUGUUGGAGAUUGGGAAGUGACCGCUGAGUCCCAGGAAGCCCUGGGCCCUGGCAAACAUGCUGAGAAGUUCUGCAAGGACCCCCGGGGAGACGACUGUGGAAAGAGUGUGUGCCUGGGAGUUCCUGUUUCAAAAGCAAGUAUCACUUCCCAGCAAGAGCAAGGACCAGAAUUUUGGGGUCUAAGUCCUAUAAGUUCUGGGAAAAGGAACACUGCUAAUUAUAGCCUGGAUAAUGAACAGGCAAAACCAGCCCAGGCAUCGGCCUGGAGGGACUCAGGGGCUUGGGAAGAACAGUGCCAGUGGGAUGUGGAGGACACAAAGGUGUCAGGUGUCCACUGGGGUUAUGAGGAAACCAAGACCUUCCUGGCAAUUUUGAGUGAGUCUCCUUUCUCUGAAAAGCUCCGGACUUGUCAUCAGAACCGCCAGGUGUACCGGGCUAUUGCAGAGCGGCUAAGGGCACGGGGUUUCCUGCGGACACUGGAACAAUGUCGCUACAGAGUCAAAAACUUGCUCCGGAAUUAUCGGAAAGCCAAGAGCAGCCACCCUCCAGGAACAUGCCCCUUCUAUGAGGAGCUGGAGGCCCUGGUGAGGGCUCGGACAGCCAUUAGAGCCAGAAAUGGCCCAGGAGAGGUAGUAGCACUCCCCAGGCUGGGGGAUAGUGACGCAGAGAUGGAUGAGCCCGAGGAAGGGGGCUGGGAGCCUGAGGAAACAGCAGAAGAUUGUAAUGGUGCUGGUCUAGCUACUGAUGGGUCUGUCCAGAGGCCCAGGAUUCCAGGGGGCCGAGCUCUGCUCCAGAGUCGUAUUGCAGGUGUGCACUGGGGCUAUGAGGAGACCAAGGCCUUCCUGGCAAUUCUCAGUGAGUCCCCAUUCUCUGAAAAGCUUCGCACCUGUCACCAGAACAGCCAGGUGUAUCGGGCCAUUGCAGAGCGGCUAUGUGCACUGGGCUUCCUGCGGACACUGGAGCAGUGUCGCUACAGAUUCAAAAACCUCCUUAGAAGCUAUCGGAAAGCAAAGAGCAGCCACCCACCAGGGAAGUGCCCCUUCUAUGAGGAACUGGACUCCCUGAUGAGGGCUCGGACUUCAGUCAGGGCCAUGGAGACUGUUGGGGAGGCCACAGGUCUCCCCAGGUCUGGGCAGAGAAGUACUAAGGUUGAUGACCAGGAGGACUGGGAUGAGAUAGCAGAUGAAGCUGUCAUCAAACCACCAACCCCACAUCCUAAAACUCCAGACACAGGCUUUGAGUUGAGGCAUGAGGAUGAAGACCAAAUUUCAGAGCAGGACAUUUUUGAGCAUUUGCCUGGAACCUUAUCAAAGUGUAGCACUGAGGCUGUUUGCCACCCUCAUGACUGGGAAGAAGACAGUGACAAUGAAAACGAAGGUGAAGGGGUGUGGGGAGAUCCUCCACAGGAACAGUGGGAAGAGAGUUCCUCUGAGGAGGACUUGGAAAAACUCAUUGACCAUCAGGGCUUGUACCUCGCGGAGAAACCCUACAAGUGUGAUACAUGUGUGAAAAGCUUCAGUAGGAGCUCCCACUUCAUCGCCCACCAGCGGACCCACACAGGGGAGAAGCCCUACAAAUGCCUGGAAUGUGGAAAAAGCUUUAGUGACCGCUCCAACCUCAGUACCCAUCAGAGAAUCCACACUGGAGAGAAGCCCUACAAAUGCCUUGAAUGUGGGAAAAGCUUUAGUGACCACUCUAAUCUUGUCACCCACCAGAGAAUCCACACCGGGGAAAAGCCCUAUAAAUGUGGAGAAUGUUGGAAAAGCUUCAACCAGAGCUCAAACCUUUUGAAGCAUCAGAGAAUCCACUUGGGAGGAAGUCCUGAUUUGGGAGGAAGUCCUAACCAGAGUAGUGAGCCUGGGGAGAGCCUCGGCCAGAGCCCGUCUCGGGGUGCUACCUGGAAGGAUUCCACAGAGGAGACCUCGGAACAGCCUCACAGCGUCAGUAUCAGCUUGAGCUCUCCUGGGCCGCUCGCUGCCAACCCUGGGGAGAAACUGUAUCAGUGCUCAGAAUGUGGGAGGCGCUUCUCCAAGAGCUCCGCCCUCAUUAGUCACCAAAGAAUCCACACGGGAGAGAAGCCCUACGAGUGUGCCGACUGUGGAAAGAGCUUCAGCAAGAGCUCCACCCUGGCCAACCACCAGCGAACCCACACGGGGGAGAAGCCAUACAGGUGUGCGGACUGUGGGAAGUGCUUCAGCGAGCGCUCCAAGCUCAUCACACACCAGAGGGUGCACACCGGAGAGAAGCCCUACAAAUGCCUCGAGUGUGGAAAGUUCUUCCGGGACCGUUCCAACCUCAUCACUCACCAGAGGAUUCACACAGGAGAGAAGCCAUACAAGUGCAGAGAGUGUGGGAAAUGCUUCAACCAGAGCUCCAGUCUUAUCAUUCACCAGAGAAUCCACACUGGGGAGAAGCCCUACAAGUGCAUGGAGUGUGGCAAAGACUUCAACAAUAGCUCCCACUUCAGCGCCCACCGGAGAACACACGCCGGAGGGAAAGCAUCUUAGGAGACCUCUCCCCAGUGGAUACGUGUAUAUCCAAAUCCCAAGAUCCUGAGAUGCACACUAGAGAGAAACCUUGUAAUUUUUAAGCCUGGGGUAUACCCAGGGAGUAAUCUUGGUAAAAAUCCAGGUAAUUCAGAGAUGAAUUACUAAUACUAAGGAUCCAGAAUUGAAGGCACUUUGUUUCUCAAAGUAAUUUGUUUUUCUCCUGUUAAAACCUACACGAUCCUCAGGCUAUCCUUAUAUUUGUUUUGUAAGAGCUUUAUCAAUAUAUGAGCCAGAAUGGUAACUUAGGGGAUUAGAGUUACAUCAGUGGCCCUGACAGCGCGUCAUUCGCUCAGAGGCCUUCACACUGUCCACGUAUACACACCCCAUCAGAGAAGCUUCUCAUAUGUGGCAGUUUGCAUUUGGGGCACGUCCUUAUGGGAAAACCUUGAGACUGGUGACAGAGGAGCAUAACUAAGAAUCAGUGACGUAGAGUAGUCCACUGUGAACCCAAUGGAGUAGGAACAACAAUAACAUCAUUAAAAAAUCCUUAUUUUGUAUGAUAGCAUAAAUAGCCAGUAUUUACUGAGCAUUUGCUUUGUGGCAGGCUCUAUGCUAGGUACUUUGUGGACAUCAUCUCAUUUAGUCCUCACUUCAGCUCCAGGAGAUAGCAACUGAUUUUCUCCUCAUUUCCCAGAAGAGAAAACGGAGGCCUGGGAAAGUUAGUAACUUGCAUUGGUCACACAUCUGAAAGUGAGAGAGGGAGGAUUCAGCCAGAUGUAUCCCCAGAAUCUGAAGUGCUUCCCAGUGCUCCACUGAGUUUCCUUUUCUAGUAGGGCAGCUAACACAGAUGUCAGGAUCUCAAAAUGUGAUGAUUACUUAAUGAAUUUACCUUUUAACAAAUAAAAAAGCUGAGAAUUCCUAAA